CCUGCCCUCUUCGCUGUCCCGGAUGUAGCCGCCGCCGUCGCCGCCGCUCCUGCGCACUCCCGAGCUCAGCGGGUUUGUUGUUCGCGGCCUGUGCCGCUCUGGAGUCCGGAGAAAGGAGGGCGGGAGGUGGAGGACAGAGCCAGGGGUUUCGCCGCGCGCUCUAUACCCGCAUUCCUGUCUGAGUGAAGCCGUUCCCCCCUCACUGAGAACUCCACAGGACGCUCUAGGCCUAAAGACCUCCCGAGAUCCCGGGCAGUGCAGCGUCCGGCUCGCGCCUGGCCAGGACCCUGCAGACUCCCGCCUCUGCCGCGUACCAUCGCUGAGACAUUUCGAGCGAGGAAAGGAGACCCCGUUCUGCCGGCGACAUGUCCAUCACCAACACCCCCACCAGCAACGACGCCUGCCUCAGCAUCGUGCACAGUCUCAUGUGCCACCGGCAAGGAGGGGAGAGCGAGACCUUCGCCAAGCGAGCCAUCGAGAGUCUCGUGAAGAAGCUGAAGGAGAAGAAAGACGAGCUGGACUCUCUGAUCACCGCCAUAACCACCAACGGAGCCCACCCCAGCAAAUGCGUCACCAUUCAAAGGACGCUGGACGGCCGGCUGCAGGUGGCGGGCAGGAAGGGAUUCCCGCAUGUUAUCUACGCUCGGCUGUGGCGCUGGCCGGACCUUCAUAAGAACGAGCUGAAGCACGUGAAAUACUGUCAGUAUGCCUUCGACCUGAAGUGUGACAGCGUCUGCGUGAACCCGUAUCACUACGAGCGCGUCGUCUCCCCCGGAAUAGAUCUUUCUGGGCUGACGCUGCAGAGUUCUGCCCCGUCUGGCUUGCUGGUUAAAGACGAGUACGGCCACGACUACGUGGAGGCUCAGCAGGCUAUAUCCAGCGGGGAUGGACACUCGCUCCAGACCAUCCAGCAUCCUCCCAGCAACCGAUCGUCCAGCGAGAGCUACAGCAACUCCUCGCUGCUCGCGUCCAGCGAACCCAGCACGCCCAAUGCCUCCACCUUCUCCAGCAUUCCCGUCGCCUCCACAAGUCAGCCGGCUAGUUUAUUGGCAGCCGCUCACAGCGAUGGACUGCUGCAGAUCGCGUCGGUGCCCCCCCAAGGGUCGCAGCAAAACGGCUUCAGCGCCCAACCCGCCACAUAUCAUCACAACAGUACCACAACCUGGAGUGGAAGUAGGACAGCAACUUACACACCUAAUAUGUCUCACCACCAGAAUGGACACCUUCAGCAUCAUCCACCCAUGCCCCAUCCCGGACAUUACUGGCCCGUGCAUAACGAGCUGGCGUUCCAGCCCCCCAUCUCAAAUCACCCCGCUCCGGAGUAUUGGUGCUCUAUCGCCUACUUUGAAAUGGACGUUCAGGUGGGGGAGACCUUCAAAGUCCCGUCGAGCUGCCCCAUCGUCACUGUCGACGGCUACGUCGACCCAUCUGGCGGGGAUCGUUUUUGCUUAGGCCAGCUUUCCAACGUGCAUCGAACCGAAGCCAUCGAGCGGGCAAGGUUACACAUCGGGAAAGGCGUUCAGCUGGAGUGUAAGGGAGAAGGCGACGUCUGGGUCCGCUGCCUCAGUGACCACGCCGUGUUCGUUCAGAGUUACUAUCUGGACAGGGAAGCGGGUCGCGCUCCCGGGGACGCCGUGCACAAGAUCUAUCCGAGCGCUUAUAUCAAGGUGUUCGAUUUGCGCCAGUGCCACCGACAGAUGCAGCAGCAGGCGGCCACAGCGCAGGCGGCAGCUGCAGCGCAAGCCGCCGCCGUGGCCGGUAACAUCCCGGGGCCUGGAUCGGUAGGCGGUAUAGCUCCGGCCAUCAGUCUCUCGGCGGCGGCCGGCAUUGGCGUCGACGACCUCCGCAGACUCUGCAUCCUGCGCAUGAGUUUCGUUAAAGGCUGGGGUCCCGACUACCCGAGGCAGAGCAUCAAGGAGACCCCCUGCUGGAUCGAGAUCCAUCUUCACCGAGCUCUCCAGCUGCUGGACGAAGUGCUUCACACCAUGCCCAUCGCAGACCCCCAACCUCUGGACUAACGCCCUCCUCUGUGUCAAUCAGGACCCCGUCACUAAUUUGUAUAUAUAUUACAUUUCCAAGAUCGAAGGCUGAAGACUGCAAUCAUGUUUAUCACGACAAUACACGCAUCGGCUCGGCGCAGGGCUGGGAUUAACUGCGUCCUUGUUUAGUUGUAAUAAAGUACCCGUUACUUUUUUUUUUUUCUGUCUCUUUCCGCCGCUCUUCGCUGACAGAAGUUUGCUUUAAAUGGAGUUUAGCCAAAUAUGCAGAAAUCUUGGAAUAAGCGAAGAGCUCAUAAAUCGGAGAUUUUCGUGUUUUUCCCAGCUUUUACGCUCCGCGCGGCAAAAACGGGAUAAAACGUUACUUUAGCAAACCCUGCCGCGUGCAUCAAAGCAUCAGAUGGAGGAAACCACCCCUUAGGUAUAACAGGGGUCUGCGCAUCAGGAGGGUCCGCGGAGACCGAUGGCAAACCUGGACUGUGACCCUCGACUCUGCAAGGAAUUGAUGGCCGUCGGACAACAAAGGAUUUUAAUGGUUUUUAUUUCUUUACAGGCUGUUUUGUUCUGAAUGUGGUAAAAAAAAAAGGUAAUUUUGGAAAUAGUUCUACAGAAGUUAUAUCCUCUCAAUUAAAGCUAAUAGAGCAUGGGGUGUAUAGAACGGGAUGUAUAGAACAAAGAAGCCAAUUCUGCGUUAUACGUAUAAAGUUUACUGAUCUGGGGAAAGUCAUUGUUCUAAAACGAGGGUUGGGGGUAGAGCUAGGUCAGCAUGAAUUAAUCUGCGGAGGAAUAACUCUUUCAUAACGUGUGUAGCUGGGAGGUCAGAUAAUGGCAUAGAGACAAUAAGUUCAGGAGUAUGGUGACCUUUGAUGCAACGAUUAGCGGGUAAAGUGUAAUUUAGGCAAUUUAGUGUGAGAGCAACAUAAAUGUAGCUGUGCGAAGGAAUAAAAGAUGAGGCAUCAAUCGCAAGGUAGCCUCGUAACCGGACUAACGUGCCUUGAGCCUGAGAGCGGUGGAGAGCGAGUGGGAACCGGGGCUUGGCUUGAUUUAUAAAGCGCCGUUCCUUUAAAACAUCCUCUUCCCAUCAGCAUAUACACGAAACACUUAAAAUCUGUAUUUUUUGGAAACGCCAAAGUUUGAUCAUUCUUGCAGCCCUUUAUUAAGGUGAAAGCCUCGCUGUGUGUUUUGUGCCAUAUCGUAUGCAAGAUGAAAUUGCCGUUUAGUUGCCGACCUUCCUUUUUAGAAGAAUGGACGCUCCUAAGCUUACUUUUAUUUUUUUUUCUCCUUGGAAGCUUUUAUGCACCUUUUUUUCUUUUCGUUUAUAAACCUAAACCUUGUAAAUUGUAAAUCCUCCAAACGUCGCUCCUGUCUCAUUCAUUUCGCAAUUUACGUUUUUGUCACAAUGUAUAUAACAAAUGGUUUUUAAGUUGCCAAUUUGUCUUAACCGCUCUGACGGAGAAAGCCAAACCUUUUUUUUUUUUUGCGUGUCCUCGGCUCACACGUGUGUAAUAUUACCUAGAUCAUGCCGCCGAUGGUCGGAUCGUUUGGGAAUGGCCUUGUAUAGACAGUAGUUGCGAUGAUAAAAGGAUCAUGUACGCUUUGUAUGUAGAUGUUAGAACCUUUAAUAUCCGGAGGAGAGACUUGUAGCCACUCGCGUAGCGCUCUGUUCCUUUUCUAUGCCGCCGUGGUAGCGUCUUUGUUGACUUGUACAGUAGAAAGUGACUUGUGUUCUAACAAAUUACUAAUUCUCAAUAAACAGCCGUUUGUUUAUUACGGAGAA